AUGACAUUUGAUGUGACAUCGAUGAUUAUUCCACCUACCAAGACAAUCCCCACCUUCCCUUCGGUGUUGUAUUCCAAGCAGUAUCUGCCAUCCCGGGUCGAGAUGGGACCUGGGAAGUACCACUUAGCUGAUGGAUGCUUCAAAGAGGAAGAGGCGAAGAAAGCCCUUGGGACUGGAUGGGCCAAGGCUGAGGAAGCCACCAGGCUGACCCAGUUGCCUCACUUCCAAUAUAAUUCUGUCAUCAAAGAAAAGAGAUCCCUUAAAGAAAAAGUUGGUCCUGGAACAUACGACUAUAAGGACUUUCUUGAAUUGGCUCAGCAAAAACCAUGCGGCACCGUUGGCAUGCUCAGCUCAGGGGGAGUGCGCUUUUCCAAGAUGGCAGGGAAUUUUUAUCCUGGCCCUGGGAAUUAUGGGAAAGGAGGGAACCCCUACACAGAGAUGGAGGAGAAGGCCUGGGAACGAUCACAUACCAAAGGAAUUAUGUGUACUACAUCAAAGAAGAUGUCUGCCCCCUCCAGUGAGGGCAGUGGCUUAGCGCCUUGUACCUACAACUUCAAAAGUGGAGUAGAAGAAUUAUUGAAGCGCACCACCAGCAAGCGUGGGCCCUACGAUCUUUUCACAGGAGAUCGCUCCAUGCCCAUUCCUUAUGGACAUUUUGCCAAACUGACUUGGGAUCGGGGAGAGAAAAACCUUGGAUUUGCAGUUGAAAAGAAAAAAAAAUCAUAUGAGACAUUCUUAUGCAAAACCUUUGUGGAUGAGCUGAAUUCGAGUGCCAAGAAGAAACAUGGAGUUUUUGCAAAGCUAUCCCGGAGCCCAGCUGUACCCACUGAGAGAAUAUACUGUGCUACUCUCAGCCAGUGGCCCAUCAAACCGUCUAACCUUGGCCCAGGUUCCUUCAACCCUAAACCUGUGCCAGGGUUUGCAUUAGCCAAACCGCCUCCAUUUGGGACCAAUUCCAAGAGGGUGGACCUGAAAUCCUAUCAGAAUUUUGUUGGAAACACGAACCCCGUGGGUGUCGGACGUUACAACAGCACGAAGCACGAGGCAAAGGAUUAUCGGCAGCGGUACCGGUCCCUCUACCUGUCCACGCCUGAGCGCUAUCCAUGUGAAAAUUACAUGAAGGAAUCUCUCCUACAGGAACGGCUCAUCCCCUUUAACAAAGGGAAGGAUUUUCAACUUGAGGAUCAUAGUUCUGGGUACCCUCCCUGCAAUACCUUAGCAAGAUGUCUGGACACAGGGCAUGACCCAUGUCCAUGCCCUCUUGUAAAAGCCUAG